AGCAGUUAGGGCUGUGAGAACUGAACAAUCUUUGUACUUAGCCCUGCUGUUGAGAACUGGCUGGGACCUUAUGAACCACAGAUGUUGUUGAAGAUUUUUCUGGUUAUCUUUGGGUUUUGUUACACCCAUAGAAACACAGAUGCUUCUCACCAGACGUCUAGCCUCUCUGCGUAUGAAAUCACAAUCCCUCAGCUUCUCACUGACAGACACAAACGACAUGCUGACCGCCAUCUCUCAGAACAGGAACAAUGGCAAGAUCAAAUAUCUUAUUCAGUUCAAAUGGAUGGUGAAGUUUACACACUGAAACUCGAUAGGAACAAAGAGUUACUCACAAAGGAUUUUGUGCAGUAUGUAUACGAUAAAGACGGCAAAGUGGAGGCAUCUCAGCCCAAGAUUCAGAUCCACUGUCACUAUCAUGGCUUUGUGGAAGGUGUUGCGAAUUCAAGUGUGCUGAGCACAUGUUCUGGUCUCAGGGGGAUUCUUUUUAUUGCUGAGAAAGGUUAUGGCAUAGAACCACUGGAAGCCUCAUUAAAGUUUGAACAUUUAAUCUAUCAACUGCCGCACUUGCAGACAGAACCAAUACUAUGUGGAGUACCUCAUCAUGGAGAACCAGUCGAUGGCGAUCCUAAGCAUUCGAGCAACGAGCUCCAUUUGACACAGCACCUCCGGAAAAAGCGAGCAAUUUUGCCCACAACGAGAUAUAUAGAGUUGAUUUUGGUUAUUGACAACAAGAAGUAUAAUUUGCACCAGAAGAAUACAACUUCAGUUCAGCUACAGAUGGUCGAGCUGGUCAACAUUGUUAAUGGAAUGUACAUCUCUCUGAAUAUCCGUGUCAUACUGACUGCCCUUGUGAUCUGGAAAGAUGAAAAUCUGAUUGAUGUGACAGGAUCAGCUGGAGAAGUUUUGGGACGAUUUAUAAAAUGGCGACAAAAUGUACUGGUCCCUCAAAAGAAACAUGACAGCGGACAUUUGAUUCUUGGCGAGGGACAGUACAGUGGAGUUUUAGGAAUGGCGUUUGUAGGCACUGUGUGCUCUCCCAGCCUCGGAGGAGGAAUUGAUGUAUUUUCCAGCAAUAAUGUGGCAUCUGCUGCAACAAUUCUUGCUCAUGAGUUGGGUCAUAACCUGGGUAUGAACCACGAUGACAGACCGAACUGCAAUUGUCCAACAAGUAGCUGCAUUAUGGCUGCACACGCCAGUGGAGCCAGCAACUUCAGUAAAUGCAGUGAAGAUGACUUUGUGGCUCUGAUCGAGAGAGGAAAAGGAAUAUGUCUUCAAAAUGCCCCCGAGCCUGGAGAUCAGUAUUCUCCAGCCGCCUGUGGCAAUAGCAUUUUGGAUAAAGGAGAGGAUUGUGACUGCGGUCUACCAAAGGAUUGCAAGGAUCCUUGUUGUAACGCAGCUACUUGUACUCUAGCAUCAGGAUCGCAAUGUGCUUACGGACUGUGUUGUCAAAACUGCAAAUUUCUCUCCGCAGGGAUUGUUUGCAGAAGAGCAGGAAACGCUUGCGAUCUCCCCGAAUACUGCAAUGGCUCAUCACAGUUCUGCAAGCCUGACGUCUUCAUCCAAAAUGGAUACCUUUGUGAUAAUAGUACUUCUUACUGCUAUGAGGGUGAAUGUAGCAGCUACAAUGAUCUCUGCAGGUCAUUCUUUGGCUCCACUUCCAAACGUGCACCAGAUGUAUGCUUUCAGCACGCUAACAUGAAAGGGGACAGGUUUGGGAACUGUGGACGUGUUGGGACGAAUUUUAAGAAAUGCAGCCUAAGCAAUUCUCUUUGCGGUAAAGUUCAAUGCGUAGAAGGCACAGUCAUACCUUAUGAUGCGGACACAAGCACGUCAAAUAUCAAUGGUAUUAGUUGUAGGAAUGCUGACUUUAAAUUGGGAACGGACGUCAUGGACCCUUCUUAUGUGGCAACAGGCACUGGCUGUGCCAAAGGCAAGGCUUGUAUAGAUUUUGAGUGUGUGAGUGCUGGCAGGCUGGGAUUCGACUGUGACAUCGAAGGGAAAUGCCACAACCAUGGUAUUUGCAACAGCAACAAGAACUGCCACUGUGAUCCUGGCUGGGCUCCUCCUAAUUGUGAUACCAGUGGCUAUGGAGGAAGUAUAGACAGUGGACCCCCUCACCAAGAUACUUCAGUCCGAGACGGCUUGCUGAUUUUCUUCCUUUUGGUGGUCCCUGUGCUUUGUUUCAUUGCGUUCUUACUUUAUUGUUUUCGCAAUAAAAUAAAAAGUGCCUGGAGAAGAAGAGAUGUCAAGCACACAACAAGGAAUACAAGACAAAACAUUCCCUCAAACCAGUCCAAUUUAAGAACUAAUCCAGUUAUUUCUACACAGAACACAAGAAGGCCACCCGCUUUCACAGGAGGAAAUCAAUCUGCAAACCCAGCCUAUCCCCAAGUACCUCAGAAACCUGCCGUUCCUCCCAGACCCACAGUGCCACCAAGACUCUGAAUUCCACCUGCGGUAACUGCUGAACACAAACCGUGUGCCUUGUCUGUCUCCAGUGAAGUAUCUGAUCAAAUAUAUACCUCAGUGAAGCAAACAAAGCCAUUAUUGUUUCCUACCGAAUGAUUAUUUCAGUGAAGAAGUGACUGUUUUUAUAUGUUUUAUUCUAAUCGCACUCCGUGGUGGUGAAGUGAGCAUUUGCACUUUAAGUGCCAGGAAUGAUUUCACAUACAUGUUCUGGGCAGGUCCAGAACUACAGUAAGUCUCAGGCAUGUUGUUUUAUAUUUUAUAGGGCAGGGAGAAAGCAAAGUUUCUGCAGUAAUAGUUCUAUGAGUGCUAAUGACGCCCAACUCUUUCUGACUUGCUGAUAAUUUACUGUUGGCUUAACAGUGCAUGUGACUGUUUGCAAAUUGCUUAAAAACCUGAAAAACAUGUACGUCUCCUGACUGAAGGAUUGGUAGCGUAUGUUCAAAAGAAUCAAUAAAGAGUAAUUCAGUGAGUGGGAAAGUUUGGCCCAAUUGCCUAAUGGGCUUAUACAUAACCUGAGCGCACAAGAUCAGUUGGAUUUCUGUGAUGAUGAUAUAAGUUGAACUACUCUACCUACUACUCUGCUACUGAGCUACUCUGCUUUUUGUGAACUUGCCAGCUGUGAAUUUUUCAGUACACUUCAAUGAAUUUCACCAGUCCUACAGAGAAGAUGUUAACACGUUGUGUCACAGUGUGUCUCGAUAGUCAACAAAAGUUAACCAACAUUGACAAAUUUUAAAAUUCAAUGAUAGCGCUCAAAGCCAUUAAAAAGAUUACUUGAAAAAUUUAAUAAGUAAUGAUUCUGUAGUUCAAAACAUUCUAUUCUAUUGAAACCAAAUUAAACAUUAAAAUAGCUGUACUGUC